AUGCCCCAGAUCAAGACAUCCAUCACAAGGCUACUCAACAUCCCUGUACCCAUUAUCCUCGCACCAAUGGGUUUUGCUGGGAGAGGGGAGCUAGCAAGUGCUGUCACUGGAGCAGGAGGAUUUGGAUUCAUAGGCGCAGAAUUCAUGUCCUCUCAUGACCUCAAGCAGAACCUGAAGUUGGCCCGGAAGAAUCUCAGCUUGAAGGAAGAUGACCCUAUACCAGUUGGCGUUGGACUGAUCGGUUGGAUUCUCGAUAUCACCGAAAUCUCUGAUGAUCCUCGCAUCACCGCUAUCCUCGAAGAAAAGCCAGCCGCUGUUUGGUUCGCUUUUGGCACUGAUCUCGGAAGAUACAUUGCGCAAGUACGAGAAUAUGAUUCGAAGCGCAAACACAAGACGUUGGUAUUUGCAAUGGUCCAUUCCGUUGAAGAUGCCAUUCAAGCUGCCAAUGAAUGGAAAGUAGAUGUGAUUGUCGUCGAGGGCAUCGAAGCAGGAGGACACGGUGGAUCAGAAGCCCCACCAUUACUCACUCUACUUCAAGCAGUAAUCCACGCAAUUCCUGCCAGACCCCCAAUUGUCGCUGCUGGCGGUAUCUCCACCGGCCAGCAAAUAGCUGCACUCUUGACAGCUGGAGCGGAAGGAGUCGCUCUGGGGACACGUUUUCUAUUUACCCACGAAUGCGUGUACACUCCCGAUCAGAAAGAGGCCAUAAAGAAAGCAGAGCUCGUAAAUUCUACGGUGCGCACUCUCGCGUUUGAUGAAGUAGGAAGAACCAAUGGUUGGCCACCAAAACAUGAUGGUCGAGCCCUGAGGAACAACAUCAUCCAGGAUGUGGAGGAUGGACUUAGUUUUGAGGAGCGGUUGAAGAAAUUUGAUGAAAGCAAGGAAGCUAAAGACACUUCGCGGUUGAUUGUAUGGGCAGGAGUCGGAGUCGGACUCACCAGUUCCAUUUCUUAUGCAAAGGAUGUGAUACGAAAUCUACAAGAUGAUACAAUCAAUGCCUUGAAGAAGGCUCGGCAGAUACUCGAAUAA